GGCGGCGGGCGGCGAUUGGCUGCCGGCAGCACCCCGGGGGCCGCCGGGCCGCGGCCGCCCGCCGAGCGCCAUUCACGGCGCUGGCCGCCUGCACGCGCCGAGGCUCAUUCAUAAAAAAAACCCAACAACUUCAUUCAUAAAAGCCGCGGCGGCCCCGCGCUGCGGAGCUGCUGCCUCGGGUGGGCCGGGCCGGGCCAGCACGGGACAGGAGAGCACGGGACAGGACAGCGAUGGUCCCGGCGCCGGUCCCUGCGCUCCGGAUUCCGGCGCUGAAGGACUUCGGAGCAAGAAUUAGCGAGGGCGAUGCUGAGAAGCGCUCACACCAGUGCCUCUCUUGAAAUACACCCGGCUUGCAGCUUGCCUGCCGGGCAGGAGCAAUGCAGCACACGGAUGCUUGCUUUUCUUUUUUUUUUUUUUUUUUCCAUUGGGGCACCGAGGUUGAAGAUGCCAAGAACUGCGUACCUUCUGGGGUUGUUGCUGGUCUGAAAAUGUGUUUGAGCUUGCAGCUUGUAGCCUUGCUCUGCGUUGUGUGGAAUAUGCUUGGGCUUUUGCUGCAGCCAGGACUCCGCGAUCAGUGAUGCUACAACUGUGAGUCUCCAGAGCUGGCUGUGAUUUUAGUGUCCGGCUUGAGGCAGUAACGAAGGCAGGUUAGGGUAGCAGCACUUUGGCUUAAGCUGCUGUGCCACCGAUUUGCUUUCCUGUACACUGCUUUUAUUCCUGCUUACAGAAUACCAGAUGUCCGUGCAGUUUUAAGCCUCACGCAUUGAGGAAAAUAAGCCACUCAAGAGGGAGUCAGCAAAAAUAUCCAAUAGGUUUCUGUUUUUAAAAUCGGUUGACUUGCCUAAUUUCCAUAUCAUUUAUCUACAAGGGCAAUUUAUGCAAAAGUGUCCAGUUACAGAACUGCCAAGGCUAUGAGAGAACGCAGCCAGCAGAGCCUCAGUGGACACGUCCUGUAUGUAGGGUUGUUCAGACAUCCAGGAAUGCUGCACAGGGCUAAGUACAGCCGAUUCAGGAAUGAUUCGAUAACAUCUCUAGAUGAAGGCCCACAAAAUACAUCUUUAAACAUCAAAGGUUCUUCCUCCUCUUCCCAUUCUUCAUCACCUAACUUGCUGGCGGAAGAUGGCCCUCUGGGGCCGCAGGACACCUGCACCACCCUGUGCACGCUGAUCCCCCGCAUGGCGAACAUUAAACUCGCCAACCCCUCCAGCCUGCCCGUGCUGAAAAGCUUCUGCCUGGGAAUGAAAGAGGUGCCAAGGAUUAAGCUCACAGAGUGCGUUACCAUCCCCAGCAGCCCCACCUCACCCGAGAUCAGCUGCCUCUCAGCAUCGUACCCGCAGCCUGACCUGGACAAGCUGCACCCGGACCCAAAGCCUGUGGGGGACUGCGCCGGGCGGGGAGCGGAGGAGGCCGCUCCUGCGGGCAGGCAGGAUGGGGCCCUCGUGUGCAGCAGUGAGAACGCGGGGGAGCCAGGUGCGACGUACGGCGUGCGGUACAUGGGCUGCAUUGAAGUGCUGCAGUCAAUGAGGUCCCUGGACUUUGGCACACGAACGCAAGUCACCAGGGAAGCAAUAAGUCGACUGUGUGAAGCUGUAUCAGGUACAAAUGGAGCAAUAAAGAAGCGGAAGCCUCCAGUUAAGUUUCUGUCUUCUGUACUUGGCAAAAGUAACCUUCAGUUUUCUGGCAUGACUAUAAAGCUGACCAUUUCAACAAACAGCCUCACGUUGAUUAAUGUUGACACACAGCAGAUUAUUGCCAACCAUCACAUGCAGUCCAUCUCAUUUGCUUCUGGAGGUGACCCAGAUACGACAGACUAUGUUGCAUACGUAGCAAAAGAUCCCGUUAAUCAGAGAGCAUGCCACAUACUGGAAUGUCCCAACGGGAUGGCACAGGAAGUAAUAAACACCAUAGGGCAGGCUUUUGAGCUCCGGUUUAAGCAGUACCUGAAGAAUCCCUCCAGCCUGGUUACUUCUAAUGAAAGUGAGGCAGCGAAUACUAAUGGAUCAGCUGGGAAUUUACAGGAGAGGGAGGAUCAUGAAUAUUACAAUGAAAUUCCAGGGAAAGAGCCUCCCACUGGUGGAGUAUUAGACAUGCGAAUGAAAGUGCAAACAGGCCAAAGGGCUUGCUGUCUUAUACAGUGCAGAAAGCAGCCUUGCUCAACAGGCAGCCCAACAUUCAUCAAUAUAUAUGAAAAUUGCCCAGAAGAAAACAGAACUGUGGGUCAUUGUGGUGAAAGAUCACAGAAGACAAAGAGAGAUGAGACGUUAUUGAAGCCUGCCUACAAAACAGAUCUUUUUGAUGAUCCGUGUUACAUCAACACACAGGCCCUGCAGUCUGCAGCCUGUACAGCCCGUGGUACAGCAGCAGCUCGUGGCCAUGGGAGCCCACUGCAUCGUGCAAAGUUACCGGAAGCUGUUCAGCAGAGUGCCACAAGCAACGCUGCUGAUGUCUGUGUUCUGCCACAAAUAAAAAAACAGCUAAAGAAUGAAGAUUGUUACCAUGGCAAAUUAAACAGGAAAGCAGCAGAGAGCCUCUUAGUCAACGAUGGGGAUUUUUUGGUGCGAGAGAGUGCAACGUCACCUGGGCAGUACGUCCUCAGUGGGCUUCAGGGAGGGCAAGCAAAGCAUCUUCUCUUGGUGGAUCCUGAGGGCAAGGUGAGAACCAAAGACCAUAUAUUUGAUAGUGUGAGUCAUCUUAUUCAGUAUCACAUGGAAAAUAAUUUGCCAAUCAUCUCUUCUGGAAGUGAAGUGAGCUUGAAACAGCCUGUAAGGAAAGAGAAUAAUAUGGGACACAUGCAAUAUCACCUAUGAUCCCUUGGAUCUCACAAAUCCCAAGACAAUUUGUAACUGAAAAUUGCAUUGACUAUUAUAAAACUUUAUAUUAUGCAGCCAAUUCAAAAAGUAUAGACUGCAUUUUUUGCUGCUGUUCCAGAAGAUAUUCUUUUGUGUAUGUAUGUAUGAAUAUAUGUAUAUGUGUAUAUCUAUGUAGAUCUAUAGAGAUCAAUAAGCAUAGUUAUAUAGAUAUAUAUAAUCUUAACAAAAUUACACCUUCAGAGUGUGAGAUUCAUUUGUGAGAAGGUAUUUUAGACAUGCACAAAUGUCACUUUCAAGGUCAUACUGAAUCAGUAACUAUUUAAAAGCACAAUUAAACCUCUACAUGCAAAAGCUCACUUGAAUGAACUACUGGAACAUUAGUAUGUGCCUUUUAGCUUAGAAUUAUUGGAAACCAAUAUUAUUUAUACUGAAUUAAUUUGGGGUGGUUAAACAAACAUGUCAAAGCUUUUACCUGUUUGCCAAAAACAAAUACGAUUUGAAUAUUACUAAAAUGUCACCUGCUUUCGAUAGACACUAACAAUUUCACUUUGCUUGUAACAGCACUUUACUAGCAAGUAAUGUUUGAAAUGAAUGGCAUUCACAAUUCAGAAAGGUUUGUCUGGUUUCU